AGAAUGUUGAAGCGAUGAACGACAAGAGAAUGUAUGCAACGAAAUCCAGGACGUGUCCGGUGGAAAUGCUAAAAUUCUUCAUGUCAAAAACUGAUCAAAACGCAACCCACCUUUUCAAUAAGUGCACCAAAGAAGCCCUUUCUUCUUCUUUCAAUACUUGUAAUGUAUGGUAUACAGAUCAGCCUAUGAAACAACGGUCAUUUGUAAAUUUCCUUCCUGAAAUUUGCAAGGCUGCCGGAUGUAAGCGGUACACUGCACACUGUCUGCGGGCGACAGCCAUACAAACAAUGAAUGACGCUGGAUUUGAGAAAAAAACUGCCAGCGCAACGUUGUCAACAAUGUCUAGAACUACCGUCAGUACCCAAAAUCUCGGCGAAAAGUUAGAUGAACGCGAGGAUCAAAAUCUCCUAGAAACUCCAGACCGUGAUUCACACAAUCUUCAAAUCGUUCCACAUUCAAAUUUACCCACCACUGAUGUCCUAAACGUAUCCACUAUGCAAGCCAAUUCAUCUGGAAUUUUAAACAGCUCCCGGUUUGAGAACUGUAAAAUUACCAUCAAUGUGAAUCCUUGCAAAGAAUAAACUUCCGCGACAGAAAUAAGGCCAAACUUGUUUGUUUUGAAAUCAACCAAUUUAAAGUACAGUAUUUGUGUUUUUUUUAUAUUGCUAAAAUUUUCAAUAAAUUUUGAACCUUU